AUGGGUCAAUACUUUAAGGCCAGCAACUUAGUUGUCAACGUUCACAAUACAGACCCAGCCGCAAGCAGGCAGCAUCGAGAUCGUUUUCGGUUCCCGGACUCAACUCACCCAAAUCUCGCACGCAACGCCCGCCCUCACGCACUCACUUGUUCCGCUUCUCAUGACCUCGUCCACUGCAAAACCCAAGGGAAGGAUAAGUUACACGGUCAUGGCUGCUUGAACGCACAACCGUCCGAUCUAGGGUUACUAACUUCCAAUAAUACAUUCAUUCGCAUUGACAGUGGCACACACUCCAGCUAUAAAAGAGAAUUGAUUGUGGCAGGUUGGCUUGCUUUGGGUUAUUGCUUUGGUGCGCGUUACCCUCCCGCUCGCAUUGUUUUGUCAGCUAGACUAGCUAAGAAAACUGCACUUGCUAAUGAUACUAAUGGCAACAACAAGAAGAAGAAGAACAAGGACCCACUUGAGAUUGAUAACCUUGCUGACAUUCUCCAAGAUUUCAAAAUGGUUUUGGUGGUCAGAAAUGAUCUGAAGAUGGGUAAAGGGAAAAUUGCGGCUCAAUGCAGCCAUGCGACUUUGGGCCUCUAUAAAAAGCUCCUCCAUCGAGCACCCAAAGCUUUAAACAGGUGGGAGAUGUGUGCACAGCCGAAAGUUGUUGUGAAAAUUGAAAGUGAAGAAGAUAUGCUAGUUUUGCAAGAGAGGGCAAAAUCGCUGAAACUACCAACCCACAUUACAAUCGAUGCUGGCAGGACUCAAAUUGCACCAAAUUCAAGGACAGUGAUGGCUAUUCUUGGACCCAUUGAGGUGGUUGACGAUGUAACAGCAUCAACCAUAUUGGAAGAGUAUCGGUGCAAUGUUAUAUUCGAAGAUCCAUUCUCUGAAGGGCCUUGA